AUGAGACAAAUUUGGGGUAACGAUGACUAUGACAUGUGUGAAGCCUUUGCAUCCGAGACAAACAGUGGUGGUAUCGUUGUAGUUUGGGAUAAACAUUCUUUCUCUGCCUCAACCAAACAUGGGGGAAAUAGAUGGAUCCUUGUGGAGGGCAGUAUGGUUAAGGAGAAUUUUCAAUGUUGCAUAGGGGUAAUCUAUGGCCACAAUGAUAGAGUACAGAGGUUGACCAUGUUUCAUGAGUUUCAACAAAGGGCGGGCAGCAUAAACAAACCCUUGCUAGUUAUGGGAGACUUCAAUGUAGUGUUGCACUCAGGGGAGAGAACAGGGCUUAGCUUGUGUGCCCAAAGCAUGCAGGAAUUCUCCAGAUGGAUUAAUGACUCAAAUCUUAUUGACAUUCCCCUACAUGGGUUGAAAUUCACCUGGAGACGAAACCAGUCAAAAAGCAAGUUAGAUAGAGUUUUGUGUGAUGAUGAUUGGUUAACAAGAUUUCCUAAUAUGAUCUUAUCAGGGCUAUGCAGGAGUUUCUCAGACCAUAAUCCUUUGCUUCUACGUCUGGAUGAGUAUACCAAUUGGGGCCCAAAACCCUUCAGAUGCCAGGAUGCAUGGUUCCUACAUCCACAGUUUAAGAACUUCGUUGUAGAGGAAUGGCACAAUAUUCCUGAUAAUCCCCUCCAUUCAAAAUUGAAACUCAUGAAGGCACCACUCAGAACAUGGAGGAAAGAGAAUUUUGAUCAUAUGGAAAAUAAAAUUUCUGAUCUUGAGAAAGUUGUAUAUGAGCUGGAAAAAAAAGGGGAAGGAUGUAGUCUUGACACUUUGGAGACAGCUAGACUAAAUGCUGCAAACAACAUGCUUUACUCUUGGCUCAUUAGAAGGGAGAGAAUUUGGCGGCAAAGAGCUCGUUCCUAUGGCUUCAAUAUGAAAGACCGCAACACAAAAUUUUUCCAUGCAACAACCAUGCUCAGGAAGAAGAAACAGCAAAUCACUAAAGUAAAAAUCAAUGGCACUCUCUUCGAGGGAGCUGAGGUUCUAAAGGCUAAAGUCAGGGAGUUCUUCGUCAAUCGUUUUACUCGGUGGACACACCAAACUUUGACUUUGACAUGA